AUGAGCAACGUCAACGAGCCCAUUCGAUUCGGUGAUGUCGUCAAGCUGCAGACCAAGUCGGCGUUUGUCGAGAGCGCCACCCCCGCCUGCUUGGGCUUCCUGGAACUCCCCGGCAAGGCUCAGACCCAGCUGCUCGUCGUGCCUCCAGUGAAGGACGAGGUCAAGGACCGCUUCAACGAGGCCGAGUUCAUCAUCACUCCGAUCCGAGGUGAGAAGCAGCAGGCAAACGGAACCCCGUUGACGUACCAGACCCCGUUCGUGCUGCGCACCUCGGACGGCAAGGACGGCAGCACCUACUCGCUCAACAACAAGGUCACGGGCCAGCGUGAGGGCAUCAGUCUGCAGGUGUCGGCCUCCAAGGGCGAGAUGUACAUCCAGGUGGAGAAGGAGGGCUGCACCAACGCCGCGGGGCUCCACUACGGCGACGACGGGCUCAGUCUCCACGUCGUGGACUCGAACCGCGUGCGCAAGACGCUCAACCACGUGCUGACUCACGUCGCCAAGCCCAAGAGCGACACGCCCGGCGGCCUCGCCACCUGCGGCGCCAAGGGCUCGGCCCUGACCUUCAGCUUCAUGCGAGCCGUGGACGCCGAGGGCAAGCCCCAGACGGAGACGCGCAAGUUCGUCAAGAACCCGCAGGCGCGGCGCACCAGCCUCGACGCGCUCAGUCCGGCUAAGAUGGACGAGCUGGGCCGAGCCGACCGUAUCGACAGCAGCGACUCGGACGUCGACUCCAUGAGCCGCUCCAGCAGCAUCGCCGGUCUCAGCUCGAACCCCGCGAGUCCUCGUGGAGCUGGCCCGGCCAAUGCAAUGGCGACGCCCGUGAGCGCUGCGGAGGUCGCCGCUCGUCUCCCAGCAGCGAAGGCCUCAACCACCAGCAGUGCGAGCGCGAGUGCUAACAGCUCGUCGUACGAGAUGGAGGUGAAGCCUGGCGAUAACAAGACGACUGCUGCUGCUACACCGGCCUCUCCGCCCAAGGAUGCGGCCACGAAGGCGAAGGCCUCGGCGUCUCCUGCUGCGUCGCCGGUGAAGCCCGCCGAGUCGCCUGUGAAGACUGCGACGGCCCCUGUUGCGUCGCCCGUCAAGACUGCGGAGCCUGCUGCGUCUCCUGCCAAGGCGGAAGCUGGCGCUGCUAAGCCUGAAGCCGCGAAGAAGGAGCCGACAAAGGCCGAUACCGCCAAGGCUGAGACCGAGAAGAAGACGGAGGCGAAGACCGAGACCAAGCCCGAGGCUGCGAAGCCGAUGACGACGGCCACGCCCCCGCCGACGCCAAUCAAGACGGACCAGGGUGAGCCCAAGACGGUUCUGGCCGACGCCUCGACCUUCCCUCCCAUGCCGGCGAUCAGCGGGCCGGCACCUUCGCCCGUGGUGGUGUCUCCCAAGUCUGCAGCGUCGCCAAAGUCCGGUGGUGCUAAGGCGGGAGCAGGAACCCCCACUGGUGCGGUUCCUUCGUCGCCGAAGAUGCUGAAGGAGGAGGAAGUCGCCCAGUUGAAGGCCGAAGCCGAGGUGGAGAAGCUCGAGCCGGCGUGCGGUGCCAAGUGCAGCGUCAUGUAA